AUGUCUAUGAGUCAGGAUUCCCGAUCCAGAGACAAUGGCCCCGAGGGAAUGGAGCCUGGAGGCAUCAUUGAGAGUAACUGGAAUGAGAUUGUUGACAGCUUUGAUGACAUGAACCUCUCAGAGUCCCUCCUCCGUGGCAUCUAUGCCUGUGGUUUUGAGAAGCCCUCUGCCAUCCAGCAGCGAGCCAUUCUUCCUUGUAUCAAGGGUUAUGAUGUGAUCGCUCAAGCCCAAUCUGGGACAGGAAAAACAGCCACUUUCGCCAUAUCAAUUUUGCAACAAAUUGAAUUGGACCUAAAGGCCACCCAGGCCUUGGUCCUGGCACCCACUAGAGAACUGGCACAGCAGAUACAGAAAGUAGUCAUGGCUUUAGGAGAUAAUAUGGGUGCUUCCUGUCAUGCCUGCAUUGGGGGUACCAACGUGCAUGCUGAGGUACAGAAGCUGCAGAUGGAAGCUCCUCAUAUCAUUGUGGGCACCCCAGGCCAUGUGUUUGAUAUGCUUAACCGCAGAUACCUGUCUACCAAAUACAUCAAGAUGUUUGUACUGGAUGAAGCUGAUGAAAUGUUAAGUCGUGGAUUCAAGGACCAGAUCUAUGACAUAUUCCAAAAGCUCAAUAGCAAUACCCAGGUGGUUUUCCUGUUAGCUACAAUGCCUUCCGAUGUGCUUGAGGUGACCAAGAAAUUCAUGAGGGACCCUAUUCGGAUUCUUGUCAAGAAGGAAGAGUUGACUCUGGAGGGUAUUCGCCAAUUCUACGUCAAUGUGGAAUGAGAGGAGGGGAAGCUGGACACACUGUGUGACUUGUAUGAAACCCUCACCAUUACCCAGGCAGUCAUCUUCAUCAACAUUCGAAGGAAGGUUGAUUGGCUCACUGAGAAGAUGCACACCCAAGACUUCACCGUCUCUGCCAUGCAUGGAGAUAUGGACCAAAAGGAACGAUAUGUAACCAUGAGGGAGUUCCGCUCUGGCUCUAGCAGAGUAUUGAUUACCACUGACUUGCUGGCCAGAGGCAUUGAUGUGCAGCAGGUUUCUUUAGUCAUCAACUAUGACCUUCCCACCAACAGGGAAAACUAUAUCCACAGAAUCAGUCGGGGUGGACGUUUUGGCCGUAAGGGUGUGGCUAUUAACAUGGUGACAGAAGAAGACAAGAGGACUCUGCGAGACAUCGAAACUUUCUACAAUGCUUCCAUUGAGGAGAUGCCCCUCAAUGUUGCUGACCUCAUCUGAGAAGGGCUGGCCCGCC